AUGUCCCCACCCCUCCCCCCUCUCCCCCUCCCAGACGAAAUAACAUCAACCUACAUCCCCACCCUCAACCUAACCUACCACAUCCUCCGCGCCGGGAACCCCUCUCAUCCACUCCUCCUCCUCCUCCACGGCUUCCCCGAACUCGCCUUCUCCUGGCGUAAACUCAUGCCGCUCCUCGCCUCCUCAGGCUAUCACGUGGUAGCACCCGAUCAACGCGGCUGCGGAAGAACCACCGGAUGGGAUACCCGAGCAUUCUCCUCUGUUGAUUUAAAUUCUACAACGCUUGUGCGACUUGAAUAUAGAGUAGUAAUAAUGUCACAUCCCUUCAAAGGAACCCCCAUCCUCCCGACCAACACCUCCACCACCAACCCCACCCCCGCAUCCCCAACCCAAGACAUCCACGAAGCGCUAGCCCAUCUUCCCUCCCCCCGUAAACACUACAAAUGGUACUACUCCACCCCGACCGCAGCCACCGAAAUGGACAAUCCAAAAUCCGAACUCCUCCCCUUUCUCCGCGGAUACUUCUACCUCAAAUCCGGCCACUGGACCACCAACACCCCACAUCCCCUAACCUCCUGGACCGCUUCCGAACUUCAAUAUCUCCCUCCUUACUACAUCAUGCCUCUGCACUCUUCCAUGCGCGAAGUAAUUCUUCAAUCUAUGCAAAAUGAAUCUUCAUCUCUCGUCCAACAAUCCAUGAAUAAAUGGCUCACCAACGAAGAAUUAUCCGUCUACGUAGAUGAAUAUUCCCGCACUGGAUUCCAAGGAAUGUUAAAUUGGUACAGAGUUAUAACUGAUCCGUACUGGAUGAAAGAUACGGAGCUUUUCGCGGGUAGAAAAAUAGAUGUUCCGUUGUUGUUCAUUAGUGGUGAGAAAGAUUGGGGUAUGUUUCAGGAACCGGGCGUGUUGGAGAAGAUGGAGGAUGUGUGUUUGAAGUUUAGGGGUGUGAAGGUCUUGGAGGGAGCGGGGCAUUGGGUGCAGCAGGAGAGAGCGGAGGAGGUGGCGGGGAUUAUGGAGAGGUUUUUGAGGGGGGUUACGUGGGAGGGGGUGGCUUAUUGA